UUCCCUUCUAUCAUCCUUCUCUAACCCGCAAUUCCCGUGUCUCCCUGUCCUUUGGUUUGUUGUGCCCGUGUUUUCUCAUCUUUGUGGCUUCAGAACUGAAAGCGAUUUCCUUCUCCCUGCUCUUUCACCAUCGGAGAUUCGAUCGAGCAUGGAGCGGAUCGUCGGGGGAAAGUACAAGCUCGGUCGCAAGAUCGGUAGUGGAUCUUUUGGUGAAAUUUAUCUUGCUACUCAUAUCGAUACGUUCGAGAUUGUUGCUAUUAAGAUCGAGAACAACAGAACAAAGCACCCGCAGCUGCUUUAUGAAGCCAAGUUGUACAAUAUUCUUCAGGGAGGAAGCGGUAUUCCUAGCAUAAAAUGGUCUGGAGUCGAUGGGGAGGACAAUGUGCUCGUGAUUGAUUUGCUGGGACCAAGUCUUGAGGAUCUGUUUGUGUAUUGUGGGAGGAAGUUUUCACUUAAAUCAGUGCUUAUGCUAGCUGAUCAAAUGAUUACGAGAAUAGAAUAUGUUCACUCAAAAGGAUUUUUGCAUAGAGACAUAAAACCUGAUAACUUCCUCAUGGGUCUUGGCCGGAAAGCAAACCAGGUCUAUAUAAUUGAUUUCGGCCUUGCAAAAAGAUAUCGGGACGCCACAACAAAUCGCCACAUCCCUUAUAGGGAGAACAAAAACUUGACAGGGACUGCGCGUUAUGCAAGUUGCAAUACUCAUCUUGGGAUUGAACAAAGUCGUCGAGAUGAUUUAGAAUCACUUGGCUAUGUCCUCCUGUACUUUCUGAGAGGGAGCCUUCCAUGGCAGGGUUUAAAAGCUGCCACAAAGAAGCAAAAGUAUGACAAGAUAUGUGAAAAAAAGUUAUCAACUCCUAUUGAGGUGCUGUGCAAGUCUCAUCCUGUGGAGUUUGCGUCGUACUUCCAUUACUGCCAUUCAUUGACUUUUGAUCAGCGGCCUGAUUAUGGAUUCUUGAAGCGCUUAUUUCGUGAUUUGUUUGCUCGUGAAGGAUAUGAAUUUGACUACAUCUUUGAUUGGACUAUCAUAAAGUACCAGCAAUCCCAAAGGAGUAAAACUCAGUCUCGAUUAUCUCCAGUACCUGGGGCGAGUAGCAGUCAUGCAGCACCAGUAGUCAUGGACAAUCAUCAAGGUGCUAAUGCUCCAUAUUCAACUGAGGGCACAGAGCGCAUAAGACCAGGUAUUGCCACUGGCUCUGGUGUACGUAUGCACUUCAAAUCAGCAACAGGAAAGCAUGAUUCUGUUGCUGUUGACAAGAAUAUUCUGAAUGAUGCACGCGUGCCUUCCACUUCAUUUUCACUCCCUGGUCCAUCAAAAAGAAAUGUUACCAAACCUAUGUUUCCUACUGAUGCUCCAAACCUGGUUCAUGGAGAUGGCAACAGAGUUGGUCCUUCGAGUAGCUGGAUUUCAUCAUUGCAGCGCGUUCAUUCUGCCAAGUGAAACAAAAGAUCCUCUUUUCAUUCCGGCAUUGUCUGAAGGAUGGAUAAUGACAGACAGCGUCCACCUGUCAUUUGAAGACUAGAUUGUCUAUGCCUCAUAAUGUUGACAAUUCCUGGUUGAGGAAUGGCUGGCUGCCAGACUGCUGAAUGAAAAAUGAGGCAUAGAAUGUUGAUUUUAUGGACAUUAUCGUGUGGCGUCGACAAUUCUAGAUGGGUGUUGUGUGUGUGAAUACACUUCUCUCAUGCUGUAGAAUGACUUGUGUUAUAUCCAGUUGCCUCACCAUCCUAAAUGGAGUAUCUGGACAUUUCCAGAGAGAGUCGAGCCUGAAGAAUGGGAAACACCCAUGGAUUCAUCUGUGAUUAUUUGAAUUCAAGGUGGCAACUGCUUGGCAGAGCUGUAAAAAGGGAGCUUGAAGUGUUUGGCACUCCAAUUAUUUGGUUUAUUGUUAAACCAGAGUUAUUCCUUUGGAUUUGAUGGUUUGUGCAGAUUCUAUUACAGUAUGUUUCAGAAGGCUAUCAAAUCACACAUUUUUUAGUAGUUGGGAAAGAGGUCUUUCAUUUUUCCAGGGUAAACGAAUUGGGAGAUGUUGGAUAGUUCAACUGCAUUCGUGAAUGUUGCUAUAUGAUGCUUGGAAUUAUAAAUCUGAACCCUUGGCUGUUUUCACAUGAAUAUUUCAGGAGUUUUAGUUGCUUUGAGAUUUCGAACCCAACCCUUGGGCUGCAUCAAAUGCCAUAUCAAGUGAUGAAGGGCUGCCCUUUUUAGAUCGAGGUAGGUCUGUUAAAUGAUUGGUGGUCAAUUUUAUAUGGACUGUUUUUUUUUGCAUUAUGUUUUCUUUUGGACAAACUGUUUCUCAUGCCUUCGAGUAAGCUAGACCUGUCCAGAAAGGGAUGGAGCAAAACCUGGAAAAUUUUUGUAUGGGGAAUGGCCAACUCAAUUUUACUGACAUGGACCUUGGCAACCACAUACACAAGGAUAUAGACUCAUUUGCAUUUGGAGCCAUUCAUGUAUAUCCUCUGGGUUUUUCCCCUAUUUUGAUUUCUUUCCCUUUUUUGUCCCUUGAAGCAUUAUGGCAGUUUGAUUUAGUUUCGAGAUAAGGUAGCAACAGUAAUUUUGCUUUGAGAGAUGGAAUAUGUGGUGUGGUAUGGUUAUAUGAGGUAUAAAUUGUAGCAUUUGCGUUGCGUGUGCUUGUCUACUAUUGUGUUUGGUAUUUGAUGUGUUGUGUUUUCGAAUAAUGUCAUUUUUUAUGAACCUUCCAUUUUUAAUUCAUUCCAAAAUAAACUGUUUCAUAGUUUAGUGAUUUAGUAAUUUAUGCCUGUUGCUUUAUGUAGUUAUUGUUUAAGUGCCUAAUUGAACCUUUCUACUUGAGUGCUUUUUUGUUCACUAUUUAUCUUUUAAGAUCACAAGUUUGCAUUCACAGGAAAUAUAUCUCGAAGAAAGCUCGGCAAAUUAGAUUACUACUAAUAUACUUCUAACAGGUAUUAAUUCUUAUUGUGAUCACAUGGCAUUGCAUGUUGAGGGCUUCCAGAGGUACAGGGAGGAAAACAUAACCGGAGGCUGUCACUAUUAUCUGAGUUAAAGGUAUAUUAUUUUACUGGAUGAAAGCUGUUAACGAAUGGAAGCUGUGUUAAGAGUCUGAGUCGUAUGGUCUUACUGUCAAUAUGGCUCCAUCUUGUUUUGCAUUGUAGCUUCCAGGGAUUGGAGAAAUGAUGUCCAGGAUUUGAUUUGUCACAUGGCAUUGCUGGAUUACUCUUUAGCUUGUAAAUGCAACUUACAGUGCAGUUUUUGCUCUUGAGAGUUUGCUUCAAGCUAUUUGCAUUCAAGAUGUCGAUCGUGAAUUUGAACUUAUUAACUCUUGGUCAUAGGGCAGGGGCUAACCAUUGGUGGUCAGUCGUAAUCCUACUAGAGACUAUGUUGUCUCGAAAGAAUGACUGAACUACUACGAAGGAAAGGACCUUUUAAACCAUAUCCAGCUAGUGUUGUCACUGGAGGAUUUUAACUGUACAAGUUGCAAAACAACCUCCUUCCAUUUGUGUUGUAGGAGUCUUGUGAUAAUAGCUGCCCAAAAGAGAUUUAUCAAACUUUGGACACUUGAAAGCGUUCACAUAAACUGUGCAGAUCAAAUCAGCAUUUUUCA